UGAUAAGCGAUAAUGCGAACGGCUAACCGGCAUGGCAUGUUGCUUGUCCACGACAUGGUGAUGCGGCAUAGCAUUCGUGCGUCUGCUUAUGGAGUCCUACUGGUAUCUUUCUUUGUGUUUGGUGUCCGAGUUGCUGAUGCACAUAUUAUUCUUAUUAUUAUUUGCUCUUAACUACCAGUCAUUCUGUAGGAAACUUGUAACUGUUCUAAAUGAUCUUCGAAGUGCAGCGUUCAGAUGGCUUCAGGAACAUCCAUAUAAUGACGUCAUUAUGCCACUCACUGCUGCUCUGUACCUCUCUACUAAGGUACCAGGGAUAAGCGAUGAAUAUUACCCUUGCAAGUUAUGCAUGCAUAGUAAGAAUCAUAUACAAGAGUAAUUUAUAUACAACUGAUAGGAAGACUAUGUGCUGCGUUGCUCCCA